AUGGUUGAUUUCUCUCUUCGAAAGACUAGGAACUAUUGGAAGGGUUCCAAUAGUUCCUCUAAGCAAAACAGUGAAGUAUCUUUAAAGAACGCCGAAAAGAAGAAGCCUGUAACUAAUCCUUAUGCUAAUCUAACUGUACCAAACGCGGCCAACCUACCUACUUUGGAUGCCAAGGAGAGGAAUAAGGCAGCAUCGUCUAUGCAAAGGAGAUUGUCGAUACAUACUGCAAAUUAUACAGCGCCCAAUUUGGAUUAUUCAAUGCCAUUACCCUCUUCUAAUCUAAUUGACCAAGCAAUGGGUGAUGAGCAACCCACAGGGAAGGUGCCUGCUAUCAAUGUAGAUGAUGAAUACGGACAGAGAAAUGGACACUCUAGAUCAGCUACGCCAACGGACAACGAAACGUCAAGACGGCCUGAAACGUUAAGACCCCCUGAGUUGAAUAGAAAGAGAUUGGGUGGAAGUGGGUCAUCAGCGCCUUCGGGAUCUUCAAGAAUGACCAUGGUAGCCCCACUUAACCCUCUAUCUCCAUAUGCCAAUCUAUUUCAUCCAGCAUCGUUAAGAAAAAUCCUAUCGGAUCCACAAUUUAGUGCGAAGAAAUUUAUACAUGAACGAUUAAGUGAAGCCAGCGCUGUGGACAUAGAUCUGUUCACAUCUAAUCUAACUGAAUUAUCAACAGAUGUACAAGAAGAAGUUAAGAGAAAUAUUUAUAAAUCAUACAAUGAAAUCAUCACUGUAAAUAAUGAUCUUCAUGAAGCUAGUGCAGAAUUGAAACAAUUAAGGUCUAGUAUUAGUGAGCUAACCAAGGUUACAGACCAAUUUGUCACAGUUGCGAAAUCGAGAAUACAAAUGGACGAACAACAAAAGAUGUUGCAUACACAAAGACCUUCUUCACCUCAAAAGACACAAUCGAGCUCUCUGUUACCACCAGUUUCUUCUGAUAUUAAUGGCACAAAUCCUAAGCGCGAUAGAACUAGUGUGAUGAUUCUAGAGAAAAUGUGGGACACACAACUAGCGACGUUAUACAAGAAUGUGGAGGGUGCACAAAAGCAUCUUGGCCCAGCUUCUAAUAGGCACCUGUUGAUAGAAUCUUCAGAUUGGACUGAGCUCAAUAUUUCAACACAGAAGCCUUUACAGACAGUUCAACUUUAUAUUUUGAAUGAUGCCGUUUUAGUUGCAGGAAAGACUAAGAAUAAGCAGCAUGAACUAAUAGUAAGUCAAUGUUGUCCUAUUAGAGAUGUAACAAUUUCAACUGACAGGGAAUAUCGAACAAAAUUAAUGUUCAAUUUCGGUAAUUCCAAUACAUGUUUAUAUGAAACAAGAGAUAUAAAUGAAUGCAUGCGUGUCUUAGAUGCUUUCAGGAAAGCGAAGGAUGAUUUAAGAGAUAUUACAGAGAAUGAAAAGGAGAACUCCAAGAGGAUAAAGGAGUCGCUGGUUUACUUACAGAACACUCAGCAAACCCCAGGUCGGGAGGGCUCUAAAAGUCCAGCAAAAAGAAGAAGUAUGGGACUGUCGCCAUCGUCAGCAUCAAGACCACUAUCUGCUUCUAUGGAUCAAUUCAUUUUACAAAAUCUAAGUAUUUCGGUCCACUCAAGAUCAAAAUCUCAUGACUGGAGCUCUUUGUCCCAUAAAUUUAAAUUGGUGGAUAAUCUCAUUGAGGAGGUCGAUAUAGAUCUUGCAAGACUAAAGUUCGAUAGUGCGGUGAAUACUUUGUUGGAAGCAGAAAGUCAGCUUGCGACCAUGAAAGAUCCCACAAAGGAGGAGGAUGCCAUAAUAUUAAAUGUUCUUACAUUAAAACUAGAUCAAAGAAGGGAUGAUAUUUUGACAAAAGUUACACAAAGGAAUCUCUUUAUCAAUGAAAUUGCACAUCUGCGAGAAGGUGUGAAGACUCUAAUCAGGCUUGGGCUUCCUGAGGCAGGACUGGAUUUAUUAUUGCAAAACAAGUCUAAUCUUAUUCAGGAGUUGUUGUUACAGGUUGGAUCGUCAGAACAUCCAUCGCUUUAUUUGACUGAGCUUGCUAUCGUUCGAUUCCAGAUUAUAAAACGUACAGUAAUCGUGUUCCGUGAAUUGUUCCAUAGAGACCACGACAAGUUAUCAUCAAUAUUGGUCAGUUGGUGUAGUCACGAGGUAGAGAAACACUUCAAUCUGGUCAGCAAGCAGUUACUGAACGGGGAUAAACUUUCACCAGAUGCAAUUAGAUACUCCAGGAAGCAGAUUGAUGACUUGAAAACAGUCGGCCUGGACUUCGUCUACAAGCUAGACGAGUUUAUCAAAAAUAACAUCAAUAAGCUGGGCUAG